ACCUGCAACCAAACGGAAAAUUUCGCCCUUCACUGCGAUAACAACUAGGGUUUUGGAGAGAGAAAAUCAACACUUAAAUGUCAUACUCUCGAUUCUUCUAUUUUCGAGAACAGGCAUUGUAGAGAGAAAUGGACGAAGAUAUGGAGGAUUCCAUUGACGAAUUUUUUGUGGAUUCAGAAAUUGAUCCAGACUACGAGUUUGACGCUGCUCGGUUCUUCGAUUUCUCUAGGCCGGAAUCGCAUUCAGAGGCUGACGAAGCCGAGCGCUGGUUUGAAUCGGUUGGAAGUUAUCCGCCUUCACCUUUGGUAAUAAAGUUGGAUUGGAGAAAAGUCAUACAUGCAGAAAAUGCAAGUGCCUCUCCAGAAUCAAAAGAUGGCGACAACAUGAAUUUUAGCAGUAACAUCUCAGAUUCCGACAUGGGGAGUGAAGCUUCUUUUGUAAUUGGUGAAAGUAACAAAGUUCUCACUUCAGGACUACCAUCUCAUAAUGACAAGGCUCAAGAUACUCCAAAAGCUAAAACAAAGUCUGUAGCCAAAUUAUUCAAACCAAGGAGUUCAACUUUGAUGAAGCCUACAGCAAGUCAUUUGGCCAAGCUAAGUGGAACCCGAGAAGUGUCUUCCAGACAACUUUUGGGAAGGUUUCAGAAGUCAUUAGUUACAAUAGACAGAAGUUCGCAGAAUCUUCCCGGGGUUGAAAGUGAUGCUACCAAAAGGCAAAAGCUAGAGAGUGGUUACUUGCGUAAGGUUGCUCAUCUGAAGCACCAAACUUUGUUGUUACACAAGGUACCUAGAAAAGUUGGACCUAUUGAAGCUAACUCAGUUUAUCGUAGACUGAAAGGCACUGUACCAAAGGAACCUGACUUGGAAACAGCACAUAGGGCACAAAGACAUGGGUCCAGGAAUAAUUCAAAGUCAGGUGAACUUCCAAAAUCAGAUGUCUAUACCUUCAAAGCACGACCCUUGAACAGAAAAAUUCUUAAGGCUCCUUCACUUCCCCUUCACAAAAGGAGAGUACCACAAUUGCCGGAGUUUCAAGUGUUCAACUUAAAGACUUCAGAAAGGGCGGUGCAACACUUAUUUGCUAAAGCACAAUAUGAGACAAGCUCCAGAAGACUAAACACUGAAGAUGCCUUCAAGCAGGAAAAAUGUGAAAUAUGUCACAAAGCUAGCCCUCUUAGUAAGAAGGAUUUUAAGUUUCCACUUGAUAAGAGGUUGCAAAAUCCACCAAUAGAAUUAUUUACUAAGCUUUCUCUCAAGUCAGAGCUCAAGUCUAAUGCAUUAUCUCAGCCAAAACCGCACAUGUCCACCAAGGGCUCAAAAGAAAAUGUACCAGGUUCCUUUCAACAAAAUUAUUGGAGAUAUGGGAUAAAUCAUAAUCAAUGUGGGAGCGACUUGAAGAACCCUGAAAUCGGACCCCUAUCUAACGUUAACAGGAGCAUGGACAUCCAUUGACUGUAAGAGGAAGAAGUUGUUUAAAUGAUACUGUCAAUUUAUUGAGUUUCCGCAGUCAGAAAGACUUGACAAGGUAGCAGCUCUUGAUUUCUGGAUUCAAGUCUUGUGGAAGCUUGUUCCUGCCCUCUGAAUUGAGGUUCUGCCAUAGAGCAAGCUCUCAGCUGUUUUUUAUUCUGAAAAUGGUGGCCAUAUAUUAAUUGAAAUCUAGACAGGUUAGCACUGUACAGCACUAGGAUUCUUCAAAAGAUCAGUUAGUUGUUCUUAGAGUGUUUUUCUUUUUUUUUUCUUUUUUCUUUUUUUUUUUUUAAAAGGGGUCAUGUACCAUGUGAAUAGUCUUUUUGAAUUUAGAAUUUGUUUUCAUCGGACCCUUGUGAGAAUUAUAGUAUAUAUAACCAAUAAAUUCAUCUUCGUAUUAUGUAUUUAGUCCCUUCAGUGAUCUAGAUUCUGUGUAUUUCUUGUUAAUCACCAUUGUGGAAUUGAGCCCACCACUAUCACUUAUACA